AUGAAUUUUUAUUGCUGUUCCAGAUUAAGCAAUAAAUCACUUUUGGGGAGCUUGGCCAAGCUUCGACCUGCGCUAAGAACAGCGCAAUAUGCUCAAUCAGCGUCAGUACCGAAAAUAUCCUUCAAACCAUAUGAGCCACCAAAAGAUGAGCAUUUCGAUCUGAAAAAUGAACGACUUAACCGACCUAUGUCUCCUCAUCUCACGAUUUACAAGCCCCAACUUACGAGUCUCCUUUCCGUGACCCACAGAGCUGCAGGUAUAAUGCUAUCAGGAUACAUAACAGCAUUAGGUGUUGGUGCUUUAGUUCUGCCCAAUGAUGUUGCUCAUUAUGUGACAAUGAUUGAAGGCUUGAAUCUCUCACCAGCAACAAUUUUCCUUGCUAAGGCCUGUCUGGCUGCACCCUUGGGAUACCACUUUGCUAAUGGAAUCAGGCAUUUGUACUGGGACACGGCUAAAGGCUUAACAAUUAAAGAGGUUUACUCGACUGGAUAUGCAAUGUUAGCAGGUGCAGUAGCAAUAAGCUUAUUUUUAGCAGCAUUGUAA